CGGCUGGCAACGUUACUGUGACUCCUCUGGUGGGCGAGAAGCAAGAGAAUGUGGACGGCGGUGACCACUUAACACCAGACAUGGAACCAACUCAUAGUUUGAAGAGAAGUCCUCAAGGAGAAGAGGAGAGAGAAAGUCCUUGGUUUUCUAUAUUGAAGUGUGCCAAGUGUCACGAUUGGUACCCGACCUUGUGCCACAGGCCCACGAUCGGUGACUGGCACUGCCCGUCCUGCCAGCGGAAGCUCAACGAGGUGGUCGAACACGGUGCAUCCCAGCAGCCCAUGGAGCAGACGUUCAACAGAGACUGGGACAUGGAACCAACUCCAAAUCAAAGUUUGGAGAGAAGUCCUCAAGGAGAAGGAGAGCAUGGAGCAAGUCCUUGGUUUUCUAUACGGGAGUGUGCCAAGUGUCACUUAGGGUACCCGAGCUUGUGCAAGAGUCGUGCGGCCACCGAGCUGUCAGUCGUUAGCUCGCACUGCCCGCCCUGCCGGUUUAGGCCCAACGAGAUAGUCGCGCCCGAUGCAACCCAGCAGCCCAUGAAUCAGACUCAAAGUUUGAAGAGAAGUCCUCAAGGACAAGGGGAGCAUGGAGCUGGUCCUUGUUUUUCUGGCUCCAAUGAUUUUAAUGAAAUUUAG